AUGCAGCCUCAUCCCGGACCUUCUCCAUUGAGCUCCAGUUGCCCUUGGAUUUACGGUCGUUCUUCCCUCAGCCGUUUCUCUGUCGAUAUGACAACACAGUGUUUUGCAGUCUCUUUUACAAUCCUAGUUCAGCAACAUCUAGACCAUUCCGUUGUAAUCAAGUAUCAUCGCCUACACCACUUCUCAGCUUUCUUUCCAAUAGCUUCAUCUCGUAAAGCUCUCGCUAGUUUCUUCCGGGCCUCUCCUUACUCAAUGGCUAUAUUAUCGGCCAUACCCGAGGCCACGUCUUAUUUACUGGAUAGAAGCAUUCGAUAUCGUGACAGCCUUCCUUCGGCAUCGCUCCAUCGGCCGCGUCCGAAAUCCCGUGUUGUCAUUCUCUCUAAGCGCUCAAGCCGAGUGCACACUCCAGUCCCCAAACAACCCUCUCCUCCAGCGUCUCCGGGCUCAGUAUACAGCAGCGAUAUGAGGCAUGAUCCUCAGCAGCAUUAUACAGAAAUUCCCUCUCAGAGCGCGCACAAAACACCACAAAACUCUUCUUAUUACGCGCAGGCCGACAAUCGCACCACCAGCGAGGCGAAAGCUUCCUUCCGCGGCGUUAGCAUGAGAUCACUUGAUGGAGCAUCCUCUGGUGAUAAUUCUUGGGAGCCGUCUGAGCUGUCACUUGACCUGGACUCUUUUCCGAUACCUCCGUUGAAAGUUCCUUCUCGUCAACCCGCAUUUGUUGGCAGUGUUUCAGCUACGCUUGCGAACCCGUCACAGAGCCAUGCUGCGACUUUGCCAAUUCCUGGGGCAUCGACAUGUCUCCCAAAGACGGGGUUCUCAUCUCCCCAACCUCGGCGCAAGUCUCACGUACAUAUGCAAAAGAACCCGCGUUCUCCACAUAACUGGCUUCUUGAUGGUACAGCUGACUUUGUGAGCGCUUCCAAACAUGCUUCUAUCGACUCUGCUCUUGUCGAAGCUAUUUCACGGAGCGUAUGCCAGCAGCUCCGGCUUUUUAAUGCAAUAUCGAAGAGUAAUCAAGAUAAAGUGGCCGCCCAUGCGUCUAAGGAAGCUCCAGCAAGUCGACACCAGGACCAUUCACGGGUUCCCGACAAGUCAAAUUCAUUGGAAAGGCUCUCAGGAAGACGACAUGGCCAGCCACAAGCGACUAUAACUUCAAGGCAACGCAAAAAUCCUCUAGCAACACCUGCAAAAUCUAAUAUAUCGUUACAUACAGUAUCUCCACUACUGCCCUUUCGUCCAGAGUUCAGAGCGGCAGGAUUAGCAGUAACGUCAAAGGACCAGAAGCGCAAUUUUCCCGCCUACAUUGCAAAUCUGAUUUCGUCCAAGUCCUCUCGGAAAUACAAAGGUCAGGCUCGUGGCAAACAGCCAAAGGUAUCGAGAUUCGAUGGGUUUGAAGAGGAAGAUUCCAGCCCUAGCUCAAUGAGUGCAUUGUCAUUUGCAGCGUCCCAAGACAUGGAUGAAUGGCGAUAUGCGCUGAUUGAAGACGCGCCAGUUCGAAAGCAAAAGCGGCGGCCCGACAAGGCGAAGAAAAAAUCAAAACGGCAUUGGUUCUCGUGCUUUCCCAAAGACGAGGAGUCUGUUUCGGAUAGAGAAUAG